ACUCCCUUACAAUAUACCACAGCUUGCCAAUUCACAUUGAUUCAAGUGUACCAGCCAAAUAUUCUACUUAUGUUCGUUGACUUCACUGUUAAUUUCUAGAUUCAGUUGGCUGGAUAGUGGGGUCCAUGGAACGAAUCCAAUCACGGCCCUGAUCUGUCGCUACUAUUGUAUCACCAUUGACUCAAAAUUGUCUAAGCGAGCGAGUCUGUAAUGGCAGGCCAUUCUUACCUAUCUUAGCUGAACCCAUUCGAAAGUUAGCAUGCUUUUGAACGGACAGAUUAUCCCUUGUCUUCACAAAUCAACAAAGCAGCUACCGAUAUGUACUACCCAAUUAGAUAAUUUUUUUUGGUUUAUCGGUCAGGGAAAUGCCUAAAUUGCAGUUUGUUUAUCUGGCAAUGGGCUUAAGAGACGAGACUAGAAUGACUUAGAACCUCAAGCCGAGCGAAAACAUAUAUUUAUAUCUUAUGGGAUUGAUAUUUGCAGGUGUUAUAAAGGAAAUUACUAAAUUAGUAUAGUAAAUGAAUUUUUUUCUCGACAUGGUCUUAUAAAUUUUUGGCAAUGCCUGUAGGUUAGGUAAGUUUAGACAAUUUUUAAGUCCAUUGUGAUAGCACAGUAGCGAAAGAACAAGGCUUCUGGCGGGAAUCGAACCCACGAUCCCUGCACUGUUAAUCCAAGCACGCUUCAUACUCGGCUACCGGGGCGCCCAUGGUAAUGCCUUUAUUUGUAAAAGUUUUAAAAACGUAUUCGAUUAAAACUCCAUUAGAUAUCCUUUGCAGCUCCCGUAGAACAUUUUUUUAGCACUCAUUUUCAAGGUUCUUUGCUUUCCACCAAAGAGAAAGUUGCUUUCUCUUUUUUUUUGUUUUCCAUAAUUAUUAUCGCCACUUGAAAUACGCUUGAAGUUGAAGUCGAAAGGAUCUCGGUCGUCUUUUAAGUGUCAAAAGACACGCGUCAUCCUCAUAUGAGGCCUAUAUUAUGCUACAUAGAAUAUGAAGAACAAUGGGCGAAAUGAUACGGCACAUUUGGCUUGUGUAAACAAAUCCUUUAGAUUUACAAUAAACAUAAAUGUCGAACAUGACCUUAACAUUAACAGCCCCGAGAUUAGUUAGUUAAUCUUUGACAGAGGGAUUUAAGUUUACUACUGCGGCUAGCAACAGCGGCGGCCGCAGGUAGGGUGUGCAGGUCAAUGGCGAUGUGUAUGAACCGAACAGAGCACAGAGAAACUCGAUUUAUAUCCUUUUCUUUGUUAAAACUCAAGGAAUUGAGUGUGUCAAAAUCAACGCAAAAAGCCAAAAUUCAAAUCACGACCUGUUGUAGACAUAACAUACUACCUACAUACACAUAUAUGUACAAGACUGACGGACAAAGAAGACAGUCAGCUAUGAUGCCAUUGUUGCGAAGAUUGUAUUAAGCUCUUUAUAUCACAGCUCUCAUGAGGUAUGCUUGAUAUUUGACGUUCGUUGUUCUCUCACAAUCGUCUCUGUGUAUCUGCAUGCCCCUGAGUUUUGUGUUUGCCAUGAUGCUUGCGCUUGACUGUUUGUUGUUUGGCGCUGUUGUCGAUUGGGUUUUGGUGUUGUUCCUGCCUGGCCGUGUAGCAUUUUUGUCACCACAGUUUAUUUUGUGCCAUUGACGGGGUUGGACGUGCUGCUAGCGUGAGCGUCUAUUGUGUGAAUGACCGUGUUUUGCUGUUGUCCCGUUUCUCGAUUAUCACCGCGAUUAAGUGAACAACAGCAUUAACAUGGAGGACCCCAAUCGGAUGAUGGCCCAUACGGGUGGUAUGAUGGCCCCACAAGGUUAUGGUAUGCCUGGACAGGAUGAUGGCCAAAAUCCCGGCAAUGAAAAUGAGGUGCGCAAACAAAAGGAUAUUGGUGAAAUUCUACAACAGAUUAUGAGUAUUUCGGAGCAGUCAUUAGAUGAGGCACAAGCUCGAAAACAUACAUUAAAUUGUCAUCGCAUGAAACCGGCUUUGUUUUCAGUGCUGUGUGAAAUUAAGGAAAAAACCGUCCUCUCCAUUCGCAAUACCCAAGAGGAGGAACCUCCAGAUCCACAAUUGAUGCGUUUGGACAACAUGCUCAUCGCCGAGGGUGUUGCUGGCCCCGAAAAAGGUGGUGGUGGGGCUGCUGCUGCUUCGGCGGCUGCAGCUAGUCAAGUAGGCUCUUCACUCUCAAUAGAUGGCGCCGACAAUGCCAUUGAGCAUUCAGACUAUCGUGCCAAAUUAGCACAGAUUCGCCAGAUCUACCAUCAGGAAUUGGAGAAAUAUGAACAGGCGUGCAAUGAAUUCACCACACACGUUAUGAAUCUGUUGCGUGAACAGAGUCGUACAAGGCCCAUUACUCCCAAAGAGAUUGAGCGUAUGGUACAAAUUAUCCACAAGAAAUUCAGUUCCAUUCAAAUGCAAUUGAAACAGUCAACCUGUGAGGCCGUCAUGAUUUUGCGUUCUCGGUUCCUAGACGCACGUCGCAAACGUCGUAACUUUAGCAAACAGGCAUCAGAAAUACUCAACGAGUAUUUCUAUAGUCACUUGAGUAAUCCCUAUCCAUCCGAGGAGGCCAAAGAGGAAUUGGCACGUAAAUGUGGCAUAACUGUCUCGCAAGUUUCGAAUUGGUUUGGCAAUAAACGCAUUCGCUAUAAGAAGAACAUAGGCAAGGCCCAAGAGGAAGCAAAUCUGUAUGCAGCUAAGAAGGCAGCCGGUGCAUCUCCCUAUUCCAUGGCAGGACCUCCCAGCGGCACAACGACACCGAUGAUGUCACCAGCACCUCCCCAAGACUCCAUGGGCUAUUCCAUGGGCUCGGGUGGCUAUGAUCAACAGCAGCCGUAUGACAAUAGCAUGGGCGGCUACGAUCCCACCCUGCACCAGGAUCUUAGCCCUUGAGGACGUUAUUUUGAUAACAAAUACUAGAGAGUACUUCAAAUAGUUCUCACACAAACCAUUUUCUAAACUAACGCACUUUGUUUUUUAGUAUUUUUUUUUAACAUUAUUUCUAAAACUUCUUUACUUAAAAUUCGUGCUUUUUUAAAGUGUCGUAAUUAUUAUUAUACUUUAGUAGGUGUAUUAUUUUUCUUAAAUAAUUAUUGUUUCUCUUACUUUUAUUCCCCCUUUCCCUAGCCGCCCCCUCAUUCACUUUUUAUUUGGGUUUAGUUUAUAGCAAUUAGUAUUUAAGUGUAAUGGAAGAUUAGCUUAAAAGGAUCCUUGAAGGUUCUUGGUCCUUGAGCUCUUCUUCUAAAACUGCAAUAGUUUUCUUAUUUUUGCUUUUUUUUUGCUGCUAAGUUAAAAUUUUUUGCGUUUUUCAAUUUUCUAAUAGAUAAGAAGUAAAGGCCGCAUAUACGUAAUGUAUUUUCCAUUUUUUUGGUAUUUACUAAUUUUAGAUUUAGAGUCUAUAACGAAACAAAACCAAACCAAGUAUACUUGAGAAAUUUUGAAACCGUAUGUAUACUACUAAAAAGCUAAAAAAGCAUAAUUUUGAGCUAUUCGAAUACAAAAUCAAAGUAAUCCACAAACAGCAACACACACACACACAGUUAUACGAGAGAAAAAAAAAAGCAAAAAUCAGAAAACGUUAAACUUUUGAAAUGUAUACGAAAUAAAUUAAAUUUAAUUUUCAUUUUGCAAAACAAAAUUAAAUAAAUGCAAAAAUGUAACAACAACAGCAAGUGAAUACCACAUCUGCAACACAUAUAUUUAUACGAAGGUAUCCCUUUCCCUUUGUUCACAUGAAGAAAAGGCAGCCGAACCCAACAGAUAGAUUACCACAGUUUACCCUGCCCACAACACUACAUUCAAUGUAUACUGAAGAACAAUAUACGAGCAUACUAAAAAGCCGAGAUCAAAUUCUCAUUAAAUGCAAAAUCGAAACAAAAUACUUAAAGAAAGUAAAAAGUGUAUACCAAGUCUUGAACUAUAAAUAUUAUAUACAAAUACAAAAAUAAUACUAAAAAAAGGAAAUAAAAUAAUUUACUUGAUAUAGUGGUAAACUUCUAUAUAUAAAACUACAAUAUUGAUGCAAUAUUUUUUAGAUUAAAAAUAAAGCUAAGGCUCUACUUCCCCACCCUGCAAUCCACAAUGAAAACAUAAAAUUCAAGCAAAUCUUCAAGGAAAAUCAUAAGAAAAAAAGUUUAAGGCCCUACUCUCCCCCUUCUCUCCAAAUAGCAUCCAUAUUAAGUUUGUUCUACUUAAGUUGUAUAUUAAAAUGUUAACAUAAAAAUUAACAAAAAGCAAAUUCAAGUAUACGAGCAAAUGAAAAUAUUUAAAUAAUAAAAACGUUUCUUUUAUAGUAACAUACCAUGUACUACUAACAUCGAACAAAAAGCGACUAGUGGCAAUUUCGUUUGAGUUUAAGUUAAAAAAAAAUAAAUUUUAUUCCCAAACUACUCAUAACAAUAACCGUGAACAAAUAACAAAUCAAUCACUUGAUACUCCCCCCUAGAAUUCAAAAUAGAUUUGAGAUUCAAUCAUUUCAAUUAGUCAACAACUAAAACCUAUAUAGAAGCAAGCAUCAAUCACAACCGAAGAAACCAUGGAAGUAUUUCCCAAAAAUCCAGUUUGAAAUAUUUCCUCUUAAUGUCUGUCAUCUCCCUGAAUAUUUAAAAAUUCAAGAAAGAAAUAAGAAGUUGAAGUUUAAGACCUAUAAAUAAAUAAAUACGAUUAUUUUAAAAAUACUAUACAAACAACAAAAAACCGAAAACUUAAUAAAAAGAAUGUGGCAAAAAAAAUAUACAAAAUAUAA